AGUUGAAGGGCCCUGGGCUCUGCGCCUCUGACUGCUCAGCGCUACCUCCCCCCAUUGGCUCCGAGCAGCUUGCGCUCAGCAAAGGCUGAGCCACAGGGGGAGGCUCUCGUCCAUAAAAGGGGGGUGAGGCACCAGAACUGCCAUUCGAAGGGGCUUCGGUGGCGCUCACAGCCGCCUCGUUGGCACCUCCUUCCCAGCCGGAGUCAGGGUGGCCCUUGAGUCUUGGACCGACCACCUGCUGCCACCUGCCACCACCCUCCGACCUGCUCAGGCAGAAGCUGCCCAGGACAAAGCAGGGAGAGCACCGCCCCACCUCUUCUUGCCUUUUGUUCUAUUUUUGCAGGUCAUUUACCUCCAGGCUUUGAGAUCUGCCAGGGGAGCUGUUGCAGCAGCCCAAGCAGCAGGAAGAACCAAGACAGAAUGGAGUGGCAGGGGCUGGUGCUGGUGGCUUGCCUCCUCGUGCUCCCCUCCGCCUCCGCGGACUGCCUGUCCCACUGCUCCUUGUGUGCCGUGAAGACCCAGGAUGGGCCCAAACCCAUCAACCCCCUGACUUGCUCCCUGGAAUGCCAGGCUGUCCUGCUGCCCACUGAGGAGUGGGAGAGGUGCCAGGGCCUCCUGUCCUUUUUCACCGCCUUCCCCCUGGGGCUCAACAGUAAGGAAGACUCGGAGAGCAAGGCAGCUUUGGAGGAGGCGUAUGGUGAGCUGGCCAAGCGCGGGGCACCCUUCCUGAAGGAGCUGGAGAAAAGCAGAUUCGCGGCCAGCACUCCGGCAGAGGAGGCUGCUCUGAGCAGGGGCCUGGCCGCCAGGCUCGGGGGUCUCUUCGGCAGGUGGGAGGAGGGAUCAGAGCCGGAGCUGAUGGGGGACACUCAGCUGAAUGAUGGCGCCAUGGAAGCUGGAGCCCUGGAUUCCGACGAGGAGGACCCCAAGGAGCAGGUCAAACGCUAUGGGGGCUUCUUGCGCAAAUACCCCAAGAGGAGCUCCGAGGUGGCUGGGGAGGGGGAUAGUGUGGGCCAUGAGGACCUGUACAAACGCUACGGGGGCUUCUUGCGGCGCAUCCGUCCCAAGCUCAAGUGGGACAACCAGAAGCGCUACGGUGGGUUUCUCCGGCGCCAGUUCAAGGUGGUAACUCGGUCUGAGGAGGCCCCCGAUGCCUACUCCAGAGAGCUCUUUGAUGCUUAAACACCGCCCCAUCCUGGAGAUGAGUCAGGAGCUUCCCCCAGAGGAGUGCACUCAUUCUUCCUCCCUCCGUUCCCCAUCCCCACGCUCCAUUCAGCAUUGUCCACAAAGCAUCCUACCCAGCCUGCCUCUCUUCUGCCUGGAGCGCAGUGUUUGUCUGGGUCAGCGAGGGGGAAGGAGGGCGGUUCCCCUCUUCAGGAGGCUUGUGCUUGGCUCAACCCUAGACUUCUAAAACCACCACUGUUCAUGUCAGCCCCUCCACCCCACUCAUGGGACUCGCCAGGUCCAGAAACCCAGGCUGACGACUUCAUGCCUCUAGAUCUGUUGUUCCCAAGCUUUGCUGGGCAUAUGCCCCUCUCAGAAGAAACAUGAGCACACCUCCAUGCAGAUAUUCUCAUUUAUCAUAAAGCACAGCAAAGAUAGAAAUGUAAAGCAAGAGAAAUAAACAAAUAGAUAGCCUCAUGUUUUAUUCCCAAACCUCAAAGGACCUCCUGUGCAUCCCACUUUGAAGACUAUGCUUUAGGCAAAAUGCUCAGGCACUGCCUUUUAUUGGAGCAGGGGUUUCUACACCAGAGGGUUCCGUUUCUAGCGGGUUGGAUGUUCAGCCGGUGUGGUGGCACUCUGAGUUCUCGUUGUUUAGAAACACACAGCUGGAAGAACAGAGUUCCCGGACUUCAGUCCACGUUGGUACCCUGGACAGCGCCCACCUUCUCCCAGGAGAAGGGAGGGACAGCCCCUUCACGAAAUGGUUGCGGAGAGCAGUUCUCCCUCUGAAUGCUGAGAUGAUCCAGGAGGGAGCGAGGCAAACCAAUUUGUUCUGUGCAACCAACUCAAAAUGUGGACCAGCUCCCUCAGCCCUCAUUAAACUAAUUAAACUGAUGGGUAUCAUACUCCCACCCCAGGACGAACUGAAGCUGCGUCGAGUUGAUGAGGUUAAGCACAACCAUGUUCUUGAGCAGCUGAAUCUGCCACCAAGCGUCCAGGCCAUCUGGCCAGACAUAUGCAGUGGGCACGGAGCGGGGGGAUCCAGGAGCAACAGUGAGAAAGAGAAAGGCCCUCCUCAAUCCCCAGGAUGACGCUUUCCUCUUCGUGUCAAAGGAAACCAGAAAGAGGAAGGAAAUGAUUAAGUGCUUAAUGCCGGAUGAGUUCCCUUGAUUCACACAUCCCAGAAUGAGAGGCAGAGAUCUCCCGAUGCCUCGAUUUCAACCAGAGUUUUCUCUCUGUGUCUGUCUCUCCUGCUCACUUGUCCCCAGGCACUGUGGUUUGGUUUGUGGGUCCAGGGGGCUGGACUGGACAGGAGAGGGAAUGGACUUGAGUUCGGUUAAUUUGUAUGAGACCCUACUGAGCACACCUCUUCAUGCCCAACUCCCAGCUCUCUCAUGAUGUUCUGACAUGUACUGAUUGUUUUAGGGUUAUUUUGUGUGCUUUUUAAAAACCCCAUUUAUGCAAUUUACUUGGAAUUUGCUUAAUCCUUAGUGGGCCUGUGUUAUUUCCCACUCCCUAAGUACAAUAAAUAAAUAAAAUUGCUGA